AAUCUAGUUGCUCUCUCCCUGAAUUCGCUUCUGUCGGAAUGUGUUUUUGCUUUGCGCGUAGAACUCCACACUCGUCCGGAGAGUCAGCAUGACAUCACAGCGGCUCCUUAGUCCUUGAAAACCUUGAGGGUGAUUAGCUGAAAGGAACGGGCGGCUUCUGCCCAUCCUCCUCCUCCUCCAGAGCCGCCUCUAUAAUUCCUAUGUAGACAUGAGGAGGAGGUGGGAGAAGAGAGGCAGGGGAGAAGAAAAAAAAAACAUAGCUAGGCAAGGCGAAAGAAAACAGCCGCCGCAGCAGCAGCUGUUAGACGGGUGAUUAAGUAAUUCUCCUAGCCUUUUUUUUUUCUUUUCUUUUCCCCUCUUCACAGCUUCUUCUUGCUGUGCCGAGACUGCUCCCUGGUGUAAUUCCGAGGUCCAAAAGAAAAAAGAAAACGGCAUUUCCCCCCCCCCCCUCUCCUCUCCUCUCCUCUCCUCUCCCUCCACGGCGUGCUGGUGAGAAUGAAUGAACGAGAGGGAGGCAGGCAGGGAGGGCGGCCGGCUUGAAUCAUCCCCAGCCUGACUUGUUUUGAAAAGAACCCAGAGCAUAUCAAUAUAAAAUGUGACUACUGAGCUACCGGAGGAAGGAGUUCGGCGGAAGAAGGGAUGGAAGGAAAGAGGACCUUCCAGGGAGAGUGUUUAAAGACGCGGUGGGCAAAGGCUGCUCGCGAGAAAACACGCGGAGUAAGCGAAGAGGAAAGAAAAAAGAAAGAAAGAAAAAAAACUCUCCUACUUGAAGUCGAGAGAAAGGGCAUCGCUUCCUCUUUAGACCGUUACUUUUAAACGACAAUCUCUCUGGAUAAUGCUAAGCGGCUCCUCCAUUGAUUAUUGGCAACUGGUACAGUCAAAGAACACAGCUUUCAAUAUAAAUUCCCACCUCUUUGGACUUUCAGUAUCUGGAAUUUCAUAGUCUUCACCUUUCCCCCAAUACAUGAAUUGCAAUGGUCACAUGAAUAUUUAGAGAGUGGUAUUAAUACCAUCUCGUGAUCUAUUUAUGAUGGCACUUUAAAAGGAAGAAGCCAAUUGUUGGAAGUUUGGGGGAGAUGAAACAGAAGAAAUACACUCCUGCCACAAAACAAAACAAAACGAAGAUGAAUCUGAUCAUGAAACUUCGUAGGAGUUUCCGAACACUCGUCAUUCUCUUAGCCACCUUCUGCUUAGUGAGCAUAGUCAUUUCUGCUUAUUACUUGUACACAGGUCACAAGCAAGAACUUGCCCUCACUGAUACCACAGGAGAAAUGGAGUGUGAAGAUCUUAAACUUUUGCCCUAUAGAACACUAGAACUUAAAACAGUGAAGCCCAUCGAUCCUACUAGGACUGAUGCUACGGUGUUGCUUUUUGUUGAAAGCCAGUACUCUCAACUUGGUCAAGACAUCAUUGCCAUCCUGGAGUCUAGUCGGUUUCAGUAUCAUAUGGUGAUUGCAUCUGGGAAAGGGGAUAUCCCACCCCUGGCUGAUAAUGGCAAAGGGAAAUACAUCCUUGUAGUCUACGAAAAUAUUUUGAAAUACACAUCCAUGGAUUCGUGGAACAGAGAACUUCUGGAAAAAUACUGUGUGGAAUACAGUGUUAGCAUAAUUGGUUUUCAUAAAGCCAAUGAGAAUAGCUUGUCGAGUACUCAGCUCAAAGGAUUCCCAUUAUAUCUUUACAACAAUAUAGCUCUGCAGGAUUGCUUAAUAAACCCCCAGUCCCCUCUAUUGCAUAUAACCAAAGCCCCAAGGGUUAAAAAAGGCCCAUUACCUGGUGAUGACUGGACUGUUUUCCAAUAUAACCACUCUACUUAUCAACCAGUGCUUUUAACGGAAUUUCAAGCCUCCAAAUCAUUCCCAGCAUCGCUUCCAAAGCUUAAUCUCUAUGCUACAGUGAUUCAGGACCUGGGACUUCACGAUGGAAUUCAAAGAGUCCUUUUUGGAAACAACUUGAACUUUUGGCUGCACAAACUUAUUUUUAUAGAUGCCAUCUCCUUCUUGACAGGAAAAAGGCUUAUAUUAUCCUUGGACAGAUACAUUCUUGUUGACAUUGAUGACAUCUUUGUUGGAAAAGAAGGAACAAGGAUGAAUGUAAAAGAUGUGAAGAUCAGAUACAUCAGCAAUGAAAAGCAGUUUGAAGAUCUGUUAGUGGGGCCAGAGAAAAUUGCCUGGAAAGCAUUCAAGGAUAUCAUUGAGAAUUUUCUUGGAAGCUACAGAACAUCAAAUUCAGCUAACAAAUUUCUUACAGCAUAUAAGACCAUGAAGUGCAAGUCAACGCACAAAGAAAGCUGUCUUUUCAUCUGA